UUGUAUAAUUGCUGGCCCUCAUUUUAUCCUCACAGAUAUUCCUGUCGCUUUCCAGCUGAGACAAUUGUUUUAAGGAGAACAUGUAGAGCACUAGGGCUUUGUUUCUUGGAAGAAGCUCAUAGAUCUUUCUUUUUGAAUGGUCUCUGAAUCUUAGUACCCAGUAGAUGCACACAGAACUUUUGGUUUAGCCACGCCUAAACUUUUGUUCUGGAUCAAAGGUGGAAAUUUUUGUCCAAAACCAUUUGAAUAAUGGGAAAAAAAAAAAAAAAAAAAACCUGAUUUCAAUCAAGUGGUUGAACCGAAAUGCCGCCCUUUGACAGAAGUCAGUAGUGGUUUAAUCACAGAUAUUUUGUGUUUGUAGGAAAGAAUGUGUGAGUGUAAAAUGUAAUAGAUUGCUUUUGUUGCUGUUUGAAAAGCACAUCCAGUUGCACACUUAAUUAUAAGACACCAUGGGAGCCUCCAGUGGUCCAAGGCUUUCUGGAAUGCAGAAGCAAGUACUUGGUCUGUACAGAGAGUUUUUGCGAGCAGCUCGUUCCAAAUCUGCUGAAGAUCGACUUAAGAUUGAAUCAUUUGUGUCAGCUGAGUUCCACCGUAAUUCCAAGCAAGUAGACCGCAAAAAUUUCAUCUACAUCGAAUACUUACUUCGCCUUGGUAAGAAACAGCUUGACCAGCUCAAGAGCCCUGAUACUGUAAGGUUGUCAUCGUUGGAUAUCAGUGUCUCUGAAACCAUUAAUAAUAAGCCUUGAACUAUGACUUAUUUUUCUAUUUAUUUCUGAUUUGAUUGUUGUCCUGUUUUGAGCUGGAAUUUUUCUGAUUCAUUAGUUAAAUGAAUAUUGGAGGAAAAAUAAAUCUUGAAGGGUAACAUAGAUGAUUACGUCAAGCUUAUAUGUCCAA